AGACUCUUUGGCUCAAACGUGGCCUCAAGUGAGAAGAGAUCCUGAACCUGAUGGCAAGCCCAGUGAUCUUCUUGAGUGCAGAGGAGUCCAGCCAGGCAGCCAGUGCCGGCUUCAUCCAGGAGAUGCGUCAGACCUUGCAGAAAGCACAGGAGAUUACCCAGGUGAUCUCUGAGGCCGAAAGCAUUGCCGAGGAUGCAACCAAGUUCUGCGAAGCCAUCCAGGCGCAACACCUGGUCCAGUCGAAGAAGCUGGCACUCACUGGAAAGCCUCAGGCAGCUGCGGUGCCAUUGGCUGCCAGCCUGACACGGGAAAUCCAAGCCUCUGUUGUCUGGACGCAAUCACUUCUGCAGAUGUGCAACAUUGCCGAGAGUCCAGCAUCUGUGGCGACCUGUCUUGAGAAUUCCGACAGAGCGAGGUGAAACUUCGGUGAAUGUAAAAAAAGUAAUGUUUGAGGACAAGGGCUCAACGUUGCAGUUUCCUCAGUCUAGACCCACUGUGCAAUAGAGGUCCCAUGAUCCCGUGGACGAGAUUUCACCUGCUGCGGACGCAAAAGCUUUGCACCUGGCGGAAGAAAA